UAUCAUUCAUUAUAUGACUUAAGAUACGAACAAGCGCUUUAUUUUCGUGUUAGUAUAUUUUUAAAACCGUAAAUGAUUAUACGUGUGUCAGUGUAUAAGUGUUAAUCAGGCAUCUUCGGGGACUGCCCUUCAUCGAGGGGGUCCUACGGGAAAUGGAACCAGACGAUGACAGUGCAUAACUUGUACAUAUUUGACCGAAAUGGAAAAUGUCUUUAUUACAAUGAGUGGAACCGUAAGAAGCAAGCUGGCAUCUCAAAGGAGGAGGAGUAUAAGCUGAUGUACGGGAUGCUUUUCUCCAUCCGCUCCUUCGUCAGUAAGAUGUCACCUCUGGACUUGAAGGAGGGCUUCCAGUCUUUUCAAACCAGCCGCUAUCGUCUUCACUAUUUCGAGACCCCCAGCGGAGUCAAGUUUGUCAUGAACACCGAUCUGUCCGUGAGCAACGCCCGAGACGCGCUGCAGCACAUCUACAGUAAUCUGUACGUGGAGAAUAUUGUCAAGAACCCGACGUUCGUCUUGGGUAACACUUUGGACAGCGACCUUUUCAGCACGCGACUGGAUGCUUUCGUCAGAGCGCUGCCGUAUUACAACCCCCGAGCCGCUUGACACAUUUUCACACGAAGGUUUCCAGCGGAGGCGGCUGGAUGAUAUGAGGCAAAAAUUAAAGUGGGUUGACACUGAA